CGUGAAGCUUCCUUGGCGUUGCCAACGCGUUUGGGCCGCGUCCAUCCACUUGUAAAGCUUCUCCAAUUCCAACGUCCCUCCCAAUCCCUUCCAUAUAUCUCCUCGCCUUUCCACCACUUCCUUAUCCUAGCUUUCUCCUUCUUUCUUCUACUUUGUAGUAUAACAUGGAUAAAGACCAAAACCAAAUCCCAGCCAAUUACUCUCUUGUAUGGGAUUGCGCCAGCUCUCUCUACGACUCCUUCGAGCUUAAAUCCUUUAAACGGCAGCUCGACUCCGCCAUCGCCUCAAGGUGCCUCUCCAUGCCGCACUUAUCCGAUGAGCACCCGCCGCCGCCACUGCCGCCUGCCGGCAAGACAAAGAAGCACUCCAAAUUCUCCAGAUCACUUCACAAGCUCCUCCGAUCCGUGUUCCGGUUAAGACCUACAUUCAGGGUGCGGCUCCAAACUUACCAGCAUGAUGAGCAUGGCUGCCAUGGUGUUUAUUGGCGAUCGGGCAGUCUUGCUUCGAUACCGGAGGUCUCUGAGAAGGAUUUCGGGUCGCCGGAGCUCGACUCGGCGGUGAGUAAGACCAUGUCGGAACGGUUGACGAGCACCACUGCUGGCCCACUGAACGUGGUGUCGUGAGGGAAUAUUCCGUUCAUGUGUUGCUCAUCCUCCUCCAGUUUGCGCCCAUAACAUGGAAGUGGGUUGCUUGGACCUUGGAAUUUCGACUUGCAGCUAAUACGUCGCGUAAUAAGUGCCGGAUCCUAUGGGUCGGAAUGGUCUCAACGAUUGGUCAACGAAGACUCGAGUAGCUUGAGCUGGAUCUUUCGUGGGGUUUGAUGUCGGGCUGUAUACUCCCGCCUCUCAUUUUUCCCCCCUUUUUAUAAGCAAGAGAGAGUUUACUGCUAAUUUUUCUUCAGCUCGAAGGCAUGUUUGGUUUUAUCAAGAUAGGUAUACUUUAGAACAUAUAUUAUGACGACGUACCUGUGAUCACAAAACUAUCACAAGCAGUGUAAUGCUUGGAUGUCUGUAUGAAAUAGGUUUUCUUCCUCAAUUCAGUUUCAUCAAAAAUGACAGUCGAAUAAUUUUAGCUCCACAUAUUUAGCUAGAAUAGUGAUUUAAAUAUUUAUUUCUUAUUCAUUUUUUCUGCCCAUUUGACAUAUCUAUUGUUAAUUGAUUGUUUUUGGUGAAUUGCCUUUUCUGAUU